UUUUUCUUUUCUUUUCUUUUUUUUUUUAAAAAAAAUCCAGAUUCUUAAAAUGAGCGUAUCUCGUCAGGAUCGCGCAAAAUGUUAGCUGGAGCACUUUAGAAAAGUCCAAAAAAGAUUUCUAUGUCAUUAAAGCUCGAACCGGAUUCAUUGUAGAAGUAGAAGGCUGCAGACUAGUUGGUUGGAGAGAAAGACGCGUUUUCUCCUAAAAAACGUAAUUUCCGGGAAUGGAUCCCUUUUUGGAUUUGCUGCACUCGAUUUCAAGGGCCUUGUCGCCCGCGGAGCUCAAAGACCUUAAAUUUCUUUGCCAGAGCCAUAUUGGUAAAAAAAAACUGGAGGGUGUAAGCAGUGGCAAUGAGCUCUUCACGAUUCUCCUGGAACAGGAAAAAAUUGCGUACAACGAUGUAGAGGUUUUGAGAUACAUGCUCAAAAGUCUGAAAAGAGAAGAUCUACUAACCCAACUAGAGCAGUACGUCAAAACAGCGGACGGUGAUCCAGAUCGUCAGCCAGAGGAUAAAGAGAAAUAUAAACUGAAGAGAGCUUUUGAAGUCAUAUGUGAAAAUGUUGGAAGGAAUUGGAAAGCGCUCGCUCGAACACUUGGAAUUUCAGAUGCCAAAAUGGAUAGGAUUAUGGUUGCUAAUCCCUACAAUUUGGAAGAACAAUUGAUGCAAUCGCUUCUAGAAUGGCAAAAAUCAAAAGGAAAGGAAGCAAAGGUGGAGGAUAUAAUAAGAGCUCUAAGGAACUGUCGAAUGAAUCUAGCAGCAGAUUAUGUUGAAGAAGCUGUGAAAGAAACUGAAACUCAGUAGGAUUAGUCAGAAGAGACUGUUCUGGCAAUGAAUUAAAAAUUCAUAAGAGAAGACUGUCAUUAGAUAAUUUUUUUAAAAAAUACAAUAAUGUCUGAUAUAAUCUUUUUCAAUUUAAGUUUCAUUAUAUCAGCACUAGGCAACCUAUAAGUGUAUUCAGCUCAAAAAGGCCUUAUUAACUUAGACCCUGAGGAAACCAUUUUUCCUUUUCCCCUGCAUUCCUUGCUGUUGGAAGGAAGAAGAUCAAGAGAAGAGCAGAUGGCAGAAUGAAAAGCAAAAAAUGAUAUUCACUGGUUUUGGACUUUACCCAGCACUCAUGUUCAGCAAAUAAUUUUAAAGAUAAGGUGGCCCUCAACUAGUGCCUGGGCUGCAGAAAUGAAUGCUCAUUAGAUGGCAGCAAAGUAACACAGAAAAACGUUUAACAUUUUGCUUUCACAUAAUAGUUUACCAAAUUUCUGUAGCCAGAUUUGCAAAGUUCUAUUCAAUUAAAAGAUUUUCCUAA